AUGUCUGUGUCCCUGUUUGCGUACGGCGCGCCGUACUUGCCGCCAUUUUUGCCGAGCCCCCUGUUGUACCCUGAUCCUGCUGAAUACUUGAGUUCCUACUACAAGUUAUAUGAUGGCAUGUACACUAUGCGAAUGCUGGAUGGAGCCGCUGGCGGUCACCACGCGCCGCAUAACCACUCACACAUGAUGAUUGCCGAGAGAGAUUCCGCGUCGGAUAGCGCCGUGUCGUCAAUGGGCUCGGAACGCGUGCCGUCCCUUUCUGACGGCGAGUGGUGCGACGGGAGCGACUCUGCGCAGGAGUUCCACAGCUCUAAGUUUCGGCCUUACGACGGUUCGUACGGGCGCGAGCGUUCGCACCAGCCGCAGAAGAAACAUCACAUGUUCGGAAAACGGUGCUUCCAGGAGCAAAACCAACCAGCGCCAUCUAUGGAGAACCUCACGCCGCGGCCGGCGGUCGUCAAAUACGAGUGCCCGGAACAGGCGUACACACAUGAAAACAUGCAUAUGCACAAUGUGGAGUUUGGCGCGCGGCAGCUCACGCACGCGCACCCGCCGCCCGUGCCCGCCGUCGCGCCCGCGCUCGACCUCAACACGGCGCACUCCAGCCACGCGCUGCUACAGAACGGACUAGCAACUGGGCCGGCUCGGUACGCUUACGCGACACCGGAACGCGUUCGACACAACCACACGUACUCCGCGCCAGGACUCGCUCCGGAGAGGCCCGCGCUCAGAGACAAGCGAGUCCGACGGCUGACGGACGGCAGCGUGUCGGACGGCGGGUCCAGCACCGGCGCCGGACACCUGUCGAGAGACGAGAAACGGGCUAAAGCACUGGGGAUCCCCAUGGAGGUUCACGAUAUAAUCAACUUGCCCAUGGACGAGUUCAACGAGCGCUUGUCCAAACAUGACCUGAGUGAAGCGCAGCUGUCGCUCAUACGCGAUAUCCGACGCAGGGGCAAGAACAAGGUGGCAGCACAGAACUGCCGCAAGCGCAAACUGGACCAGAUCACCUCGCUUGCAGACGAAGUGCGCACAGUGCGCGACCGGAAAGUGCGCACACAGCGCGACCACCACACGCUCACGGCCGAGAGACAGCGCGUGAAGGAGCGCUUCGCGGCGCUCUAUAGACACGUGUUCCAAAAUCUCCGCGACGCAGAGGGGAGGCCGCUGUCGUCGGCGCAAUACUCGCUGCAGCAAGCGGCCGACGGGAACGUGGUGCUCGUACCCAAAAUGCAGCACGACCACCCCAUGAACCGCUCCGAUGAGGACAUGGAUCGCAAGAAACACUACGAGUGACAUUUGGGCUGGUAGCAGACAGACAGACGGACAAACACCCAGUAUUACCGCAGCAGCCACGCGUUCAUAAUGAGUUAGCAGCUAUAUACCGAGCGCGUUAGGUUCGAGUAAAAAAAAAAUAGUUUCAUUAUAUUUCAGCCUCUAGCUUAAUUUUUUUUUAAUUUGUCGCUUUUUUAGUGAUGAAAGUGGCUUGUCAAAGUCUCUG